GUUAACUUUGUUGUUUUUUAUUUUUUCACUUUCACUGUUAUAAUUCUCAUCAAUUUCAUUAUCCUUAUAUCACAACUAAACUCAACACCCCAUAUUCUAGGGAAAGUAAAGUUCUUUCAUUUGCCUUUUGUUCCCCUGAUUUCAUUAAUCAAUUGGGGAAUUUGAUCUGAUUGUGGUUCAUUUUCCCAACGGGUAAGGGGUUUGGGGGCGAUUAUUAUAAUCUGGGUGGAAUCAUUCUCUGUCUGCAUGUGUGAAUUCUGGCAAGGGGCAUUUGGUUGCUGGGCACUGGCAAAGAGUUGAAAGAUUUUAUCUUUUUCUUUAAACAGUUGCGGCUCCUGCUGAAGAUCCAGGAUCUGAAGAUAAGAUAUGCAAUCCAAAUCUGAAACCGAAAAUCAGCUGAAGUCCAAUUCACAUUCCUUUACACCUAACAAUGCUUAUUCUGAACCCUGGUGGCGAGGUAUUCAGUACAAUCCUGUCCCCCAAGCAAUGUUGGGAGUGAAUGCAUCUAAUUCGUCUUCACUUGAACGCCUUAAUGGUGAUUCAGAAUCCAGUGAAGAUCGAUCUUUGUCCAAUAAUGGGUUGAAUGAGGAAGAUGAUAAUGCCACUAAAGAAUCACAACCCACUGCUCCUAGAAAAUCAGGGAAUUAUGGACAAGACCAUCAAGCGAUGCAGCAUUCUUCAUCACCUGCACCUUCUGUGCAUGAUGAUUACCUUACAGAGGCUCCACAACUGGAUCUUGUUGGCCAUUCAAUUGUUGGAUAUGCUCCUUUUAUAGGAAUGCCUCAUGCCAGAAUGGCUUUGCCCCUUGAGAUGGCUCAAGAGCCUGUUUAUGUGAAUGCCAAACAAUACCAAGGAAUUCUGAGACGAAGACAAGCUCGUGCUAAAGCAGAACUUGAAAAGAAAUUAAUAAAAGUCAGAAAGCCAUAUCUUCAUGAAUCUCGGCAUCAGCAUGCUAUGAGAAGAGCACGCGGUAAUGGAGGACGUUUUGCAAAGAAAACUGAAGUUGAGGCUUCAAACCACAUGAACAAGGAAAAUGAUAAGGGUUCUGAUCCAGUUCCAUCAUCACAGUCAAUUAAUUCAUCUGGUUUUGAACCAUUACCCUCUGAUUGUGCUGAGACCUGGAAUUCUAAUGUGCAACAAGAUGCCAGAGGAUCUCAAGUGCAUGAGAGAUUUGAAGAACACAACUAUGCAGAUGGUAGAGGCUCCUACCAUAAUCAUAAUGCUUUGCAGUCAUCAUCUGCUUUUAGUUUGCACUCAGGUGAAAGAGUGGAGGAAGGGGACUGUUCAGGCCAACAAAGGGGAAGCAUCUCAUCUGAGCACACUUCUCAGAGGCGUCUUGCUAUUCAGUAAACCACUGCAUGAGGUUGAUGUAAAGGUUGGUUUAUAAUCAAGUAAAGUAGUAGGUUGAGUACCUUGGUUAUCUAUACGUAAACAUUGGCAAUUUGCAUGUCAAGCGGCAAAUCAUUCUUGGCUGUUUUUCUGGUGUUUAUGAUAUGGGGAGAAGAAUGAUUGAUUGAGCCAUGAUACAUGUGUGAUUGAAGUCAGCCAAUCUUUCAUUACAUUCUCUUCUUUUUGUAAAAAUAUAGUACUAUAGUAGUUAGCCAAGUCAAAGUCUUUGAUCUUCUGACGGUUAUUAAUGUUAAAUAUGAGACGUCAUGAGAGAUUCACUGCAUGAUUGCAUUUGCAGCGUCUUUGGCUCUUCUUGUCAUUUCACCUUAUUUUAUUUUAUUUUUUAUUUUUGGUGUGA